CUGUGCUCACUUUCUCAAAUCCGGCCCUCUUUUCUUCUCCUUCCAGGCUGAGUAGCUCCACGGAGCAGAGCACGUCGUCCCGUCUGAUUCGCAAGCACAAGCGUCGGCGAAGGAAACAGAAAAUGCGACAGAUCGACCGGUCUUCCUCCUUCAGCAGCAUCACCGAUUCCACCAUGUCCCUCAACAUCAUCACGGUCACCCUCAACAUGGAAAAAUACAAUUUUCUGGGAAUCAGCAUCGUAGGACAGAGCAACGACAGGGGCGACGGUGGCAUUUACAUCGGCUCCAUCAUGAAGGGCGGGGCAGUGGCGGCGGACGGACGAAUUGAGCCAGGCGACAUGCUUUUGCAGGUGAAUGAGGUAAACUUCGAGAACAUGAGCAAUGAUGAUGCCGUGCGGGUUUUACGGGAAAUAGUCUCCAAGCCCGGACCCAUCAGCUUAACGGUGGCCAAAUGCUGGGACCCUACGCCCAGGAGUUACUUCACAAUCCCUAGGGCUGAGCCGGUGCGGCCGAUCGACCCCGCGGCCUGGAUUUCUCAUACCACGGCUUUGACGGGAGCAUACCCCCGUUACGGUAUGAGUCCUUCCAUGAGCAUCAUCACUUCUACCAGCUCCUCACUAACAAGCUCAAUUCCCGAUUCGGAAAAACUGGAUGAGACUCCCUUGACGGUGAAAACCGACAUGGCCACCAUUGUCAAAGUGAUGCAGUUGCCAGAUUCAGGGCUGGAAAUUCGGGACAGGAUGUGGUUAAAAAUCACCAUCUCCAACGCAGUGAUUGGUAAGCUCUUCCCAGCCCGAAUCGAAUUUCUCCCUAGAUUUCCUUACUUUUAAUGGCGGCAAUGAGGAACCUGGCAAAAUGUUGGCCAAACUCAGCAACUUCCCGU